CAGCUGAACAACAAAGAGCGCCUGUCCUCUAGUACAAAAUAUCUAACGACAUGACUACUUCAGUGUUGAUCUUCUCAAUGGCGCUCAUAGCGUUUGGGUCAUGUGGUCGUCUGGAGCCCCAGUACCUGCCACCGAGACCUGGAGGUGGUGGUUUCGGAGGUGGUGCUGGUAGUGGAUCUGGUGGAGGAGCGGGAGGUGGUUCCUUUGGGGGUUCUGGUGGGGGUGCAGGGGGUGGUUUUGGAGGCGCUGGAGGUGCAGGAGGAGGAUCCGGUGGCGGCUUCGGAGGAUCUGGCGGAUCAGGAUUUGGAGGCGGCAGCGGCGGCGGCAGUGGCAACCAAAUACCAAUCACCAAGUUCGAGAACGUCAACAACGGCGACGGAACUUACCAUUUCGAUUACGAAACCGGCAAUGGCAUAUCAGCGCACGAGAGUGGAAAACCUAGUGCCCAGGGUCCCGAAGGUCCUGCGGUGACGGCUGAGGGAGGUUUUUCCUUCAAAACUCCUGAUGGUCAGCAGAUCUCCCUCACCUACACAGCUGAUGAGAACGGUUUCCACCCUGUCGGACCCCAUCUACCUACACCACCUCCCAUCCCUGAAGAAAUCCUUCGAUCCAUUGAGUUCAACAAACGCAACCCCUCAUCUGAGGGAUCCUACAAUGGCGGCGGCGGUGGUUCCGGUAACGGCGGAUCCGGUUCGGGAGGGAAUGGAAACGGCUACCACUACUGAUCUCACUGAAAACUCACAUAGCUAAUCGUUUUGAACUCGCAAACUGACGCACGUGACUUACGGACUAGUGGUGGGGAAAGGAAUGAAGAAUUGAUAUAGAAAGGACCUGGUAGACAAAUGUAAUCAGCUGGCAUGGCGAGGGAUACCUCAGUUUAUGCGAUACUAUGCUUAUUGUAGGAGAAGAUCCCGCUAUUUGCAUAGAAUUAUUUCAAUUAACAGGAUUCUGGUGACCAAGUAAGAAAAUUAGAAAGACCAUCUUAGUUAGAGAGAUCAAAAGAAACGGCUAAAGAACGCAGACCAGUAUAAAUAGACCUGUUACUGUUAUUUCGAAGGAAGAUGUAAAAAGAGACGUGCAAGGAUUAUUCAAAGGUCGUAUUUAGAAGGGUAGAAACACUGACCGCAUUUUCAAUGCGUUCGCUUGCGAAUUCAAAGCAAUUUUAGCUAAUGAGACAUCGAUCCGACGAAACGACUGCUUCAACCGGGAGGACUGUGAUACCACGACGAAAAUCGCACUGUUUAUUUAUUUAGUAAGUAAUUGUAGUCUGUCAAUGUAAAUAGGCAUGGUGUAUGAAUAAACUGGUGUUUAUGUGAA